AGUUAGUGUUAAACACCAGGGCGGAGUGUACAAUUCAAAGAAACAGAUGGAGGGAUGCGCAUGCAAACGUCAGUAAUUUAGUAUCUUUCUGUCAAAAAGUUUUUUCUAAGGACAUUAGAAGUUAAGAUACAAGGUGAUAAUGUAUUAAUGCUCAUUUCUGAAUAGCAGUAACUUGUGCUGUGACAGGAGAACAUAUGAGCUUGACUUUGUGACUGGAAGAGGCUCCGCUGUCUGUGCGCAGACGCACGGCACAGGUGCGCACCCGCCAAGCUUGACUCGUUUGUUUUUGUAAGACUCUGCAUUCCUCCUGAGUGAAGCCGUCAUGGAGAAAUCGAGAAACUUCAGAAUCGACGCCCUGCUCGCUGAUGAGACCAACCGGGGGAGCCGAGACCUCUCUCCCGGACUGAGCAGCGACAGCCCCGCAGGCAGCCCGGUCUCCUGCCGCCGCGCGGACACCCCGUCUCCGCGGGCGGCACAACUUCAGACCGGAAUAAUCCCCAAACCGGGUAUCCUAAACCUCCCACAUCCAGGACUCGCUUCAAUUCCUGGCAUGUAUCCUGCACCCAUGUACCCAUUAUCGGCGUUGGGUGGCCAGCACCCCGCGUUCGCAUAUACCGGUUUCACACAACUAACGCAGACCUACCCAGAGCACCUGAAGGCGGCUGCCAUGGCGGGAUCUCUGCCCCUGGAGCACUGGAUCCGCGCUGGGAUCAUGAUGCCACGACUGCCAGAUUACAGCUCCCCUCAGUCUGGUCUGUUGGGGAAGUGCCGGAGGCCCCGCACUGCCUUCACCAGUCAGCAGCUGCUGGAGCUGGAGAACCAGUUUAAACUCAACAAGUACCUGUCCAGACCCAAACGCUUCGAAGUGGCUACCUCACUCAUGCUGACUGAAACACAGGUCAAGAUCUGGUUCCAGAAUCGGAGGAUGAAGUGGAAACGCAGCCGGAAGGCGAAGGAGCAGGCCAUCGCCUCGGCCCAGUCUGAGACACAGCAACUACGCAGUGGAGGAAAAACAGCCACCGAUAAAUCUGAUGAGAGUAGACGAGCUGUGAAUCCAGACGACAGAGGGAUGGAUCUAGAUCUGGAGGAUGGAGAAGAGGAGGAAGAGGAGGAAGAUGAGGAGGAGGAGGAAGAAGAAGAGGAAGCCCAGCAUGGUUUUCCUGUUGCUAUGGGUAACGGCAUUGGGAUGCCACGAUCCACGGACUUCUUGCAGCGCACCACCGACGUUGGCUACAAUCCCCACAGCCCUUUCUCUGAUGAGGAGCUGGAGGGGGUGCAAGUAGGAGGAAGUGACAGGAAGAUUGGGGCAGGACUGUGAAAAGACACCCAGGAAACACGGGUUUGAUUUCCUGAGUGUUACAGAGACAUUACACUGGGACAUGUCUGUGUUUGUGGUCACUAGAGAAGACGUUUUCCAAACCUAAAGAUCUUUGUCUGGUCUGCUCUGUGAGAGUUUAUGUUCCAAUCAGGACGUUUGUUGGAAUCACUAAUUAUUCACACAGCUACCAAACACACACAGGAUUAUGACACAAAUAUACUGUAUACACUGUCUGUAAAUAAAAUCAUCUCUAAGUACUGUACAUUUUGUAGCAUGCUGAAAAAAGGUGCUCAUUUCCUCCCCAAAUGUAGCUGUUUUUAUGGGUAUCUGCCAAUCACCUUCUGGUCACCUUGUCUUUGCUCCAUCCACUGACAGCUGGAGCUCCACCCAGUGAACACACAUGACUACAUGAAUGAAGGAUGUGAAGUAAGACAAGUGAACUGUCGUGCGUUCAGACAGCGUGUGAAUGUACAGUAGGUGCAGACUCCACGGCAUCAUGAAGACAAAAAAGUAAAACAAGCUGUGUGGUGUAAUACAAGCUUAGAAACAUCUGCUGCUCUGGAUGUUUUUGGGCAAAUACUUUGCAGAACAUCCCAUGAAUUCCAUCCAUUUACUUUAAUGUGAAUAUUGAUGUUUUUUGUUCUUGAUGAUGUUUAUGAAUUUGUUCUUUGUCACUUACAUGUAAAUGAACUUAAUUUAUUUGAAUGAUUGCAAAGAUGAAUCAUACUUGUAUUUAUCUGAAACUUGUUUGUGGUGUAACUGUGAAAUAAAGAAAUGACAGUAAAAAAGAAAUUAAAUAAAAUAACUGA